AUGGCAACCUCCACCACCUCACACAGACCCAUCAAGGGGAUACUCAAAAACAAAAGUUCAACAUCUUCAGUGGAGGAUUCUUCCCAGCCAUCCGGAAGACCGGGCACCCAGGAGUUGCAACGGAAGAAAUCGCAGAAGUGGGACGAAUCCAACAUACUAGCAACCCACUAUCCAUCCUACAAAGACUAUGACCUGAUGAAGAAGAAUGAGCCCGGCAACCCCUAUGGUAGCGUGCCACACGAUGGAGAAGACACCAUAAAUGAAGUUCAAGGAAAAGAUGCCGUGACCCCCGACACCUUAGCGAAGAAAAUCGCAGCCUCUGACACUUUGGGGACCAGUUAUCAGGGUGAGGAGCAAGAAAGCAGCGGUGCGCAUAGUAGUAAAUUCUUCCUGGACAAACAAGAAAGGCAACGGCAAUUUGAGUUGAAAAGGAAGUUACACUACAACGAAGGAUUAAACAUCAAAUUGGCCAGACAACUGAUAUCGGAGGAGCUACAAUCUGAAGUAGAGGAAGAUGAAAACCAACCACGUCUACAUUCAAAUUAUUGA